AUGGGAGGACGGAAAAGGACUAAACGAGUUCCUUCCAGCCCUUUUACACAGCACUCAUCCAUUCAUGGGGGCAGAGCCUUCGGAAGGUCACCACUUCCCAGAAGUCCCCGCCAAUUAAUACCAACACAUUUUACUUUGUACAGAGAGUUUACUGGAAGUGAUGCAUGUGGACACAUACACGGAACCGCUGGAGCCCCUGACAUCGCCAGGCGUUUGCUAUUAUCAGAACAUUACCAGUUUCAUUCAUUUGCAAACUUAAAACUGCUUUUCUUUUCCAGGGAUAUCAUGAUAACACAUUUUGAACCUUCCAUCUCUUUUGAGGGUCUUUGCAAUGAGGUUCGAGACAUGUGUUCUUUUGACAACGAGCAGCUUUUUACCAUGAAAUGGAUAGAUGAGGAAGGAGACCCCUGUACAGUAUCAUCUCAGUUGGAGUUAGAAGAAGCCUUCAGGCUUUAUGAGUUAAACAAGGAUUCUGAACUCUUGAUUCAUGUAUUCCCUUGUGUACCAGAACGUCCUGGAAUGCCCUGCCCAGGAGAAGAUAAAUCCAUCUACAGAAGAGGUGCACGCCGCUGGAGAAAGCUUUAUUGUGCAAAUGGCCACACUUUCCAAGCCAAGCGUUUCAAUAGGCGUGCUCACUGUGCCAUCUGCACAGACCGGAUAUGGGGACUCGGACGCCAGGGGUAUAAGUGCAUCAACUGCAAACUCCUGGUUCACAAGAAGUGCCACAAACUUGUGACGAUCGAGUGCGGGCGGCAUUCUUUGCCACCGGAACCAGCGACGCCUAUGGACCAGUCGGCCCUGCACUCGGACCACGCACAGACAGUAAUUCCAUAUAAUCCUUCGAGUCAUGAGAGCUUGGACCAAGUUGGUGAAGAAAAGGAGGCAAUGAACACUAGGGAGAGCGGGAAAGCUUCGUCCAGUCUAGGUCUUCAGGAUUUUGAUUUGCUCCGGGUAAUAGGAAGAGGAAGUUAUGCCAAAGUACUGUUGGUUCGAUUAAAAAAAACAGAUCGUAUUUAUGCAAUGAAAGUUGUGAAAAAAGAGCUCGUCAAUGAUGAUGAGGAUAUUGAUUGGGUACAGACAGAGAAGCACGUUUUCGAGCAGGCAUCCAAUCAUCCUUUCCUCGUUGGGCUGCAUUCUUGCUUUCAGACGGAAAGCAGGUUGUUCUUCGUUAUAGAAUAUGUAAAUGGAGGAGAUCUAAUGUUUCAUAUGCAGCGGCAAAGGAAACUUCCUGAAGAACAUGCCAGAUUUUACUCUGCAGAAAUCAGUCUAGCAUUAAAUUAUCUUCAUGAACGAGGGAUCAUUUAUAGAGAUUUGAAAUUGGACAAUGUGUUACUGGACUCUGAAGGGCACAUUAAGCUCACUGACUAUGGCAUGUGUAAGGAAGGAUUACGACCAGGAGAUACAACCAGCACUUUCUGUGGUACUCCUAAUUACAUUGCUCCUGAAAUCUUAAGAGGAGAAGAUUAUGGUUUCAGUGUCGACUGGUGGGCUCUGGGAGUGCUUAUGUUCGAGAUGAUGGCAGGAAGGUCUCCAUUUGAUAUUGUUGGGAGCUCCGAUAACCCUGACCAAAACACAGAAGACUAUCUCUUCCAAGUUAUCUUGGAAAAACAAAUCCGUAUACCACGCUCUCUGUCUGUAAAGGCUGCAAGUGUCCUGAAGAGCUUCCUCAACAAGGACCCAAAAGAACGAUUGGGUUGUCAUCCUCAAACAGGAUUUGCUGACAUUCAGGGACACCCAUUCUUCCGAAAUGUUGAUUGGGAUAUGAUGGAGCAAAAGCAGGUGGUACCUCCCUUUAAACCAAACAUUUCUGGUGAAUUUGGUUUGGACAACUUUGACUCUCAGUUUACUAAUGAACCUGUCCAGCUCACUCCAGAUGAUGAUGACAUUGUGAGGAAGAUUGAUCAGUCUGAAUUUGAAGGUUUUGAGUAUAUCAAUCCUCUUUUGAUGUCUGCAGAAGAAUGUGUCUGAUCCUGAUUUUUCAGCUGUGCUUUCUGCUCGUGUUGCCAUUUAAUGCAUGGGUACACUUUUACUAGCCUGGAUGCAAUUAAUCGUCUCUAUUUGCCACCUACAAGUAGCACUCGGUAUCUUCUAUUGUAGACUGUAAGAGUCAAUCAUUACAUCUAUGGUUAGCUGUGAAAAAGAAAUUAAAACUAGCUUCCAGACAAUCGUGUCAAAAUUUAGUCACACUGGUUCUUUAGAGGCCUGCUGAUACGUAACGAGGUUGUCUUUUGUUUAAAAGAAGUACCACUGCUUUUAAAAGAACGUAUCUGUUCCAGUAAGACAGAAAGUGGGAUCACAUCGUAAGCCUCCCAUAAUUUUUUGUCAGUCUGUGUUAAGUCAUUUGAGAGUUUAAUUUUGGAAUAAAAUAUGAAUUCAAACUCCAGCAACACUCGUAUUACCUAGUAGUUUCAGAUGUUUAAACAUUCACCUGCAAAUUUCAUCAUUGCCUCAUGUAAUUAAGUUACUGAUUUUUAAGGCAGCGUAUUAAAUUGGCAAUGAAAGAUGUUGCUUGCUUAGAACUGGGGUAUACAUAUUCUUCUUGAGUUAAAAAAAAGACAAAUUUUAUUAAGAAUCAAAUUCCAAAUCAUUAGCUAUUUUUUAAAAAACUGGCACAAGUGAGUUUUUUAGUCUGUUAAGGGGGUAGCUUCUGAGGUUGUCCCCUUAGCACAAGUUUUACCUAGAAUAUUAAUGUAUACCGUUUGGAAGUCACAGGAUGCAGUUGAGUGGGAAAUUACUCCGUAUAUAGAAAGGAAAAAACGAGAGGAAUUUAAAAUAAAUACAGAGAGACAGUGGUAGUAGUUCUUUCUUUCCGGCAAGUAAACCCAACCGUUGCUCUCUGUGAUUUAAUUUAAAAGACACUUGUUCUCAUACUUGUAAAAGCAUUCCAUUUAUUUAGUGGCAGCAGAACAUCUAACUUUUUCUCCUUAUAAUUUAGUAUACCGAAAAAAAGUUUACCUUCCAAGGAGAAUGUUUUAAAUCUGUGCUCAUUUCUUUCCCAAAAGCACAUUAUCUGUACCUUUAGACCCUGUUUAUGGAGUCGUCACUGCAGUCCAAGAAAAAUGUGGAAGUAUAUGCAGGUAAAUGUUCAGGACACAGCAUACAUGCUCACACAGUCCAGUCCCAGCUUCCUGGGUGAACUUUUAUUAAGUAGAAUGUUUAAUAUAUAAGAAUACAUUUCAGGGGCAGAGUUCUUCAGGUUACUUUUUAUUAACAUUACUGUUUAACAACUUAUUAUUUAAAGGGGUGCUAGAUAUAGCAGCCUUCUGUUGUUUAUUUAAUUUUGUUUUUAUGAAAAGGGACUUAAAAAGUAACCAUAAUAAUCUACAUUACUUAAAUUUUCCAAUCUUAGUAAAAUUUAAUUUUAGGGGAAGUUAAUUAGUCUUUAGACGAUUUAGUCUUAAAUUUAGAAUGAUCUAAAAUUUGUAAGUAUUUAAUUUAUCUUUUUUUUUUCUGGAUGCUACAUUUUCUUAGGACCGUUAUUUUCCCAAUUUCUGGCCAUGUGCUCUUUUUUCUUCACAUAAGUAAGUCUGAAAGCAAUGAGAACCUCAGAAGAGGCUUACGUAUAUUCACAUGUUGGUUUGAAAGGCAUUAGUGUUUCUUUUCAUACCUGAUACUGAUUUUAAAACAGAAAGCAGCCUUCA